AUGGCCCACCGCCUCUCAAAGGCAGCUUCAGGCCCUCCAGAUUCUCCUUCCCUCAAUCUGGGGUGGAAGCAGGUGGAAGAUGUCCGCAAGGGAGACCAGGAGGCGCGUUUAGAGGAUGGGAGGAGCUGGAGGCGGGACCUGGAGCCAGGGGGCGGAGCGAACUCGGAGUGGGGCGGAGACUCCGUUGGGGGCGUGGCCCCGGGCGGGCGCGUGACGACGGUUGCCAGGGUGAAAGGUCAGGCGCGCGCCGGCUCAUUCAACAUGGCGGCGGCCGUGGCGGUGGCGAUGGCGGUGGCGGCCUCGCCGACCCCGGGGGCCCAGGCUGGCCGUGCGAUCCUGGGGUCAGCCCCGCUGCAGCGGCCCUCGCGGCUGCCGGCGCUUCUCGUGCUGCUGCUGGUGCUGGCGGCCGCGGCCUGCCCGGGUGCAGGCGCGGCCCAGCUGUACCGCGAGGGCCACGACGCCGUGUGGGUGCUGGACAGCGGCAGCGUGCGUGGGGCCACGGCCAACAGCUCGGCCGCGUGGCUGGUGCAGUUCUACUCGUCGUGGUGCGGCCACUGCAUCGGCUACGCGCCCACCUGGCGGGCCUUGGCCGGGGACGUGCGAGACUGGGCCUCUGCCAUCCGGGUGGCUGCUCUGGACUGUGCCGAGGAGAAGAAUCACGAGGUGUGCCGGGCCUACGAUGUCCACUUCUACCCCACCUUCCGGUAUUUCAGGGCCUUCACGAAGGACUUCACUGUGGGAGAGAAUUUCAAAGGACCCGACAGGGAUCUGCAGACAGUGCGACAUGCCAUGGUGGAUUUCCUGCAGAGCCACUCAGUCACCCAGAGGCCACCGGCCUGCCCUCAGCUGGAGCCCAUCAGGCCCAGUGAGGUCCUUUCGCUCCUCCGCACCCAUGACAGCUACUACAUGGCCAUCAUCUUUGAGAGCAACAGCUCAUACGUGGGGCGUGAGGUGAUGAUGGACCUGAUCCCCUUCGAGAACAUCGUAGUCAGGAGAGCACUGGACACAGACCAGGCUUUACUGGAGAAGUUGGGCAUUUUGUCCAGCCCCGCCUGCUAUCUGGUCACCCCCAAUGGCUCCCACAGCCUGGUUCACACCGUGAAGCCCCUUCGCUCCUUCUUCUCUUCAUACCUGAAGUCAUUGCCGACAGUGAGGAAGAAGCUGCCACCAAUGGCUGAGAAGCCUCAGGAGGGAGGUGCUGUGGAGAAGGUGGAGUGGACGGACUUUGACAGGUCCCGGCUGUACACAGUCGAUCUUGAGUCUGGCCUGCAUUACCUCCUGCGUGUGGAGCUGGCGGCCCACUCGUCCUUGGCUGGGGAGCAGCUGAAGACCUUCAAGGCUUUUGUCACUGUUCUGGCUAAGCUAUUUCCAGGUCGGCCACAUGUGAGGAGGUUGCUAGAGACACUGCAGGAGUGGCUGGUUCCCCUCCCCCUGGACAGGGUCCCCUACCACGCUAUCCUGGAUCUGGUAGACAACAAGAUGAGGAUUUCUGGGCUGUUCCUUCCUAACCAGGUGCGCUGGGUUGCGUGCCAGGGGAGCCAACCACAACUGCGGGGUUACCCUUGCUCACUGUGGAAGCUCUUCCACACACUGACCGUCGCUGCUUGGGCACACCCUGAGGUGCUGGACAGGACAGGCCUUGAGGGCGACCCCAAGGCAGUGCUGCAGGUGGUCCGGGGGUACGUGAACACCUUCUUUGGCUGUAAGGAAUGCGGGGAGCACUUUGAGGAGAUGGCAAAAGAGUCCUUGGACACAGUAAAGACACCGGAGCAGGCGAUACUGUGGCUCUGGAGGAAACACAACGUGGUCAACAGCCGCCUGGCAGGCCAUCCCAGCGAGGACCCCCAGUUCCCCAAAGCUCCAUGGCCCUCACCUGACCUCUGUCCUACCUGCCAUGAUGAGGUGAAGGGCGUGGACCAUUGGGAUGAGAAGCAGGUGCUAAAGUUCCUGCAACGUCACUAUGGUGCCGACAACCUGCUGCACACACAUGCGGUGGCCCCUGGGGACAUUGGCCCGGCCCAGGCCUCCGAGUACCCGAAGCCCACCAGGCACCCUGGGGCAGAAAGCCUGCACCCACCCAGCAUCUUCUCCCCAGGCCUGGGACCCCGCCUGCCCCAUGGGCCACAUGCUGGCCUGGAGGCUAAUGGAGGUGCAGCUGGGGCAGCUGUGGGGGCAGUGGAGGCCGAGGCAGCUGUGCCUGCACUAGCCUCGGGCUUCUCCAGCCUUGACAUGAGCCUUUGUGUCCUGCUCUACGUGGCCUCAUCGCUGUUCCUCAUGCUCAUGUACUUUUUCUUCCGGGUGCGCUCCAAGCGCUGGAGACUCCGCCUGCAGCACCCGGCUGUGUAGCCCCAGCCAAGUGGCACAGCCACCCUACACCCUGCAGACUUGCCCUCUGAACACUCCUCCUCACACGAUCCCUGUCCUUCCCCGGUGCCUUCCUGGCUCAAAGUAGUGACCACAGUGACAAAGGCCCAGAGCACCUCUACUGGCAGCUCCACCCUGCAGGUCCCAGGACACCUCCAGCCAGACGACACUCACUGCAGCUCCAUGUUUGCCUACAGCACUGGUUCAGGAGAUGAGAACCAGGCACCCACAUCCUGUUACCCAUUGUGAACUUGGAGUCAGAGGUCGGGAAAGUGUCCUCAGGCUCUUGCCAGAAUCCUGGAGAGGCCAAUGGAGAUGGGGCUGUCUCUGUCUCUUGCCCUUGCUGGCCUCUGGUAAGGGGCAUUGUCCUCUCUGGGCUGUGACUAGGUGUGACCCACCUCAAAAUGCUGGGCCCUGCGGCUCUAUCUGGCACAUGUUGGAAGACAAGAUGCCAGAAUGAAAUUGUUCUCUGUGCUGAGGACAGACAGUAGGAGCCUUUGUGAACCAUCUCAGCUGUGUCUGCACAUGUAUGUGCCUGCCAUGUGUACACAUGCACGUGUUCUGUUAUACACUUGAGUAUGUCUGCUUUGUGUACAUGUGUGUCCACACUAUGUGACUGCAGUCUGCGUGUCUGCUUUUGUGUGUGUUUGUGUGCCUCUGUGCAUGUGUGCUUUGCGUGCACCUGUCUGGCCAGAGUGGCCGCCACUCUUUCUGUGUGAUACCCACAGUUGGCUGUAUGCGGGGCCUCGGAGAACAUUCCUGCUGAUGUUUCUUUGGAUCCUGGGGAGAGACAAACCCACCCCAGCCCCAUCUGCUGUGAUGGAGGCUUGCAGGGACUUGGGCUGGACCCUGCUGUGCCUUGUGCAUGAUCUCUGGCUAAAAGUCCAGUGCCACAUACAUCCCCACCUCAGAGCUCCCAUGCUCACACAUUCGAGACGGUGGGGGUUCAGUCGCCAGCACCAGGAACCGGAAACCAUUCCUGAACAUUGCUGGGUGCAGCCCCCCAAACAAAGCAGUCCCAACAGGAGGCUGUUUUCACUGCCACCACCAGUGCCUGUGUGCAGGAGCUCCGCAGGGCUGUAGAGGAUAGGGGUCCCGAGGCUGAUGUCAGCCCCCCCCCUUUCCAGAGCAGAGGGACAGUGUACUGGGGCUGUCGUGGUGGGGACUGUGGGUGUGUGUGUAAUGCUGAGAACUGUGCCUGUCUAGCGUGACUGUCCCGAACUGGUGCCAUCUUCUACAAGGGUCAAGGUCUGUUUUCUAAAGUUGGGAGUAUUUUAAAAGGUAUAGAGACUAAUGAAUAUGACAGCUAAGUAAUUUAAAUGUUUAUUUAUUUUUAACGGAAAUAUUUUGAUGAAAAGAAAACUAGUUGACAUGGAGUGUCAAUCAAAUUUCUUACUUGCAACAAAAGAACAUUUUGUAUUUGUGUAAAGCAUAAUGGACACAUUUAAAAAAAAUAAAGCUCUCCUACGUUGGAGAAGUGCC